GCGCGGCUUUGGGGCGCUGUCAUGGCGGCGGGCGAGACCUCGGAGUUGCGCCAGGCGGGGAACGCGCUCUUCCAGGCGGGCCGCUACGAGGAGGCGCUGGAGGCCUACGCCAGCGCGCUCAGCCUGGACCCCCCGCAGGCCGAGCGGGCCGCGCUGCACCGCAACCGCGCCGCCUGCCACCUGAAGCGCGGCGACUACGCGCAGGCCGAGCAGGACGCCUCCCGAGCCAUUGAGGCCGACGGGCGGGACGUGAAGGGGCUUUUCCGGCGCAGCCAAGCCCUCCAGAAGCUGGGCCGCCUGGACCAGGCCCUCUCGGACCUGCAGCGCUGUGUGAGCUUGGAACCCAAGAACCGAGCCUUGCAAGAGGCGCUGCGCGACCUGGGCAGCCGCGUGCACGAGAAGGUGACAGCCGCAGCCUCUACCGACUCUAAAGUCGAGCAGAUGUUUAAAGUCUUGUUGGACGCUGAGGAAAAGGAUCAAGACAAGAAGCAGAAGGCCGCCCAGAACCUGAUUGUAUUAGCUCGAGAGGAACCUGGCGCUGAGAAGAUUUUCCAGAAUGAUGGAGUACAUCUGCUUCUGCAGUUGCUGGACACAGAUCAGCUAGAUAUGAUAUUAGCAGCCUUGCGUACCCUUACUGGUCUUUGCCGUGGUCAUCGUUCCCGGACUGUGGCAGUCCUGACUGUGCUGGGACCUCGGCGCUUCUUUCGCGUGCUGGAGUUGGAGGAUGAACAGGUCUCACUGGCUACCUAUAGUUUGCUUCAGGUCAUGAUUGAUGCCCUUAAAGAGGGAUUGCAGAGGGAUGUACGUGGCAAGGAAGAAGCCUUGGUGUCUGAUACAUCCAGGGAGCUGAAAUUGCUCCUCAAGCAGCUUCUGGAAGCCCUGACCCGGGAGAGUAUUUCUUCCUAUGGGCGUGAUAGCAUCCUCAACUUGCUGAUCAGUGUCGUGCCUCGGAAAUCGUUGCAAGACCCAAACAACAGUCUGGCCCUUUGGGUUAUUGAUCAGGGUCUCAAGGAGAUCCUAACGGUAGGAGGCACAGUGACCCACGUGCCGGGAAGUCUGCGUGUGACAGAGAACAGCCACCUGAGUGCUGCUGUCCUGCUGAGCAAGCUCUUUGGGGACUUGAAGUGUGAUGUGGAGCGGGAGAAUUUCCAUCUGCUUUGUGAGGACUGUAUCAGGUGCUGGUUUCAGGGCCAAGGUAUGCCUGACAAGCUGCGGGCCAUCCAGGCUGUGUCGUGUCUUUUGCAGGGCCCCUCGGAGGCAGGAAAUCGUGUGCUGGAGCUGAAGGGCAUUAUGGAGAGCAUCCUGGCCUUGUGUGCCUCCUCACGGGAGGCUGACCAGCUUGUCGCCGUGGAAGCCCUGAUCCACGCCGCUGACAAGGCCAAGCGGGCUACAUUCAUCACCGCCAAUGGUGUCACGCUCCUGAAGGAGAUUUACAAGCGCAGUGAGCGUGACAGCAUGCGCAUUCGUGCUCUGGUGGGCCUCUGCAAACUGGGAUCAGCAGGAGGCACAGAUUUCAGCAUGAAGCAGUUUGCUGAAGGCUCGACCCUGAAGCUGGCCAAACAGUGUCGCAAGUGGCUGUGCAACGCGGGAAUGGAUGCCAGCACGCGGCACUGGGCAGCAGAGGGCCUGGCAUACCUCACCUUGGAUGCUGAUGUGAAGGAAGAACUUGUGGAAGAUCAUGCUGCUCUGCAGGCCCUGUUCCAUCUGGCCAGGUCAGAGAACAGGACUGUGAUGUUUGCGGUGGCUUCUUCCAUGGUGAACUGCACCAGCAGCUAUGACCAGGAAGAGCUGGACCCCCAGAUGGUGGAGCUCGCAAAGUAUGCCAAGCAGCACGUCCCUGAAAAACACCCAAAGGACAAGCCGGAGUGUGUGCGCCAGCGUGUGCGGAAGCUGCUGGCUGCUGGUGUGGUGUCAGCUCUCAGCUGCAUGGUGAAGAAUGAGAGCCCUGCCCUGAGUGCCUCCUGCAGAGAACUGAUUUCCAGGGUUUUCCUUGCCCUAGUUGAAGACCCAGAGGACAGAGGUAUUGUGGUCGCCCAUGGAGGGGGAAAGGCUCUGAUCCCUUUGGCCCUGGACGGUACGGAAGCAGGACAGACGAGGGCAGCACAGGCGCUUGCCAGGAUCACGAUCACAACCGCCCCUGAGAUGGCCUUCCCUGGCGAGCGAGUCUACGAAGUGGUUCGGCCUCUGGUGGGCCUCCUGCACUUGAAGCGCACUGGCCUGCAGAACUUUGAGGGCCUGAUGGCCCUCACCAAUCUGGCCGGGACCAGCGAACGGCUCAGACAGAAGAUUGUGAAGGAAAAGGCAGUGCCUCUGAUCGAGGGCUACAUGUUCGAGGAGCAUGAGAUGAUCCGCCUGGCAGCCACCGAGUGCCUGUGCAACUUAGCUUUGAGCCCGGAGGUGGGGGAGCUGUUUCUGGCUGAAGGUAGUGACCGGCUCAAGCUAAUGGUUUUAUACAGUGGAGAGGAAGAUGAGCGGCUCCAGAGGGCAGCGGCAGGAACUCUGGCUGUGCUCACCUCAUUGUUCCCCCAGAUCUGCAGCCGCAUUCCCCAAGUGACCACUCAUUGGCUGGAGAUCCUGCAGGCCCUGCUGCUCAGCUCCAGCACGGAGCUUCAACACCGUGGUGUGGUGGUGGUGAAGAACAUGGUGGCAGCUGCCAAGGAGCUGGCGGAGAAACUCAUGGAGAGCGAGAUGCUGGAGAUCUUGUCUGUCCUUGCUGGGCUGGAGAAGGACAAGCCCCAAGUGGCCCAGCCUGCCAAGGAGUGCUUGGCCCAGGCUGUUGUUUAUGGCUUGAUUAAGCCUAGUACUGUAGGCGGGGAAUGAAAGCUCCCCACCCCCCACUUUUGUAAGCACACAUUGCUGCUGCUGCUGCUGCUGCUGAGCACUGGGAUAAGGGAUUAGGGCCUGAUCUGCCGGAGGGUUGUGGGACAGCAGGUUACUCCAAGGGUUCUCUGCAGCAGACUGGUGGAUGGAGCCUGCCCCAUAGCAGCUCCCUGGGUGAGUGUGUCUGGCAGUGGUGAGCUCUCUGUAGCCUUGGUCUUCUGUGGCUGCUGCUUGGAGACAAGUGGCACUUUGGUGAUAGUUCCACAGUAUUCCUCUUUUGGAGGCUUCCUGUAGCACCUUACUGUAGGGGUGGCUUUCCACCCCCUACCUUCUCUCUCUUCCAUUCCUGCAAGAACCUUGGUGGGCUUCAGCUCUCCUUUUGGACCAGAUCUGUCCGUGGCAAAUGGGCCCACAUAUAGGUAACCUUGGGAGCAAAUACAGGUUGUAAUACCUGUGUGACUGACACAUGGCUGUGGAAAAGUAUGCAUAUGUUUUUUUCUGUAAUGCAUAAGGCUCACGUUAAAAACCUUUAAAAUAUAUUCAAAAUAAGUAUUUAUUAUACAGUGUACACAGUACUCAAAAACAUAGGGUAUAAAUAGCAGGCUACACACAUGUUCUUAAAAUAGGUAUAACAUUCUCCAAGUGCAGUUGAUAGUCAAAUGACCAACACUAAACUGGACCAUACAUGUUUCGGCCCCAGGGCCGCCUUCCACAGUGGUCAGUCAUACAAUUUUUGUAAUACUCAGCCUACAGAUUUUCAGAAUUAUUCUGGUUGAUUCUGUAAACUCUUAAAACUUAAAAACUACAGGAAGGAAUUGAAGUGUAUGUAUCUUUGACUAUGUGCUGCACUCCUUUACUAAAGGGAAUGCUUGACCAUCUUCAUGAUGGAUACUUGACCACUUCCUAUUCAAGACACAGCCCUCUUCUGGACCUGUUGACCUAAGCAGGUGCACCAGAUGCUGUUGUUACUGUUGGCCUUUCUCCUGUUUAUGUUGACAUGUACCCAGCAAGGAGGGGCAAGUUCCCUGCUUCCAGGCAGCAGAGUUUCCAGGGUUGGGUGGAAAUCGGGGGUUCUACUGGAACCUCAAGGGUUCCGUGAGAAAUUGGCCAAGAAUUCAAUGUUUGUGCAAAGAUAAAUGAGCCCGAAUAUCACACGGAAAGUAAACCUUAUAUCAACUUUGGAUGUGAACUUUAUUUUCAUGUUUAAACAUUAUUUUGAUAUUUGAAAAAAAUUAGAUGAUACAAAAAAGACAAGAUUAAAUGCUUCACUUUUUUCUUACAGUGUAAGCUCUCUCACACAUACACCUCUGUUUAUGCAGCUCUUACCAAAUAAAUAUACUUGACAAUAA